ACUGCCGCCCGGCUCCGUUAACAAAUGAUGGGCCGUAUGCUUUUCUCUCUUGUGUGGAAAAUGCAAUGGGGUAACUACCUAGGUAAAUCGAGUUGUUUUUCUUCGGUUUACAUUCGUGCGCAAACACCGACCAAAUGGUUGCUUAUUGAUUGCGCACGCUGUGGAUGAUUUGAAUAUGCAUGUCACCAAUACUGUAAUCUUGGGGAACACCGAUCGUAAAUCAACCCAAACCAGUAUGAUUUACAUAUUCAUCAAGGAGUAACGUUAAGAGCAUUACUAGGCAUUAGUGCUCACCCUAUAGAAUGUUUUGAAAAAUGGCCCGAUGUCCUCGGACGCACCAGUUUAAAUACUGUCUGCCUCCCUAUAAUACAUAUAAAUAACAACCUGGACUCAGUGGAAGACGGAAUAUAGUACAUUUAACGUGUUUCCCUUCAUUUAGUAUAUGUUACGUUCGUAUGUCAUCAGAAGAGGACUGAAGACGCAUGGAGACAGUGGUUUUAAUUUUUUCUAAAUUUAAAUGUCUUUGCAGCAGGUGUUCUUCCUCUGCAUAUAAUUUUCAGACACCCAAUCUAUUGCAUCCUAAAAACAAGCCCUUUUUAUAUGUAUAUAUUUUUAUAUUUAGUGAUGUUCUCCACCGAAAUGGCAGACUAAAUUUCAGACUGACUUUCCACCCUACCCACCCAUCCACCAAUCAAUGUACCUUUGAUUUUUCUUCAUAAAAGCCCCCACUACGAUACAAAACUGAAUCCCUACACGAGAGCCAGGAUGAGUGAGGCGUGGCAGCAGCAUGCUGUUGCUCCCCCUCCGGUGGUGCACACCAUACCACCGGGGGCGGAGAAUGCGUUGGGCUGCGCCGUCUAUGGUAUCGUCCUGCAGCCUGACCCCGCUCUGCAGCAGUCGCAGCACCAGCAUGGCCAGCAGCACAGCCAGCAGCAUGGGCAGCAGCAACACCCUACCCAGGUACAGCAGCCUUCUCUGCAGGUAGGGGGCGAGGGCGGUCACAAGUGUGGAGCAUGCGGCCACGACAUCUCCCACCUAGCCAACCCACAUGAGCACCAGUGUAUGGUGAGCCAGGACCGCUCCUUCCAAUGCACCCAGUGCAUGAAGAUCUUCCACCAGGCCACUGAUCUGCUGGAGCACCAGUGUGUGCAGGUGGAGCAGAAGCCCUUUGUGUGUGGUGUGUGUAAGAUGGGCUUCUCCCUGCUCACCUCGCUGGCACAGCACCACACCUCGCACAACAGUACCAACCCCAUGAAAUGCUCCAUCUGUGAGAAGACCUACCGACCGGGCUCCUCUGGGAACACCACGCCCUCCUCCUCUGCCACCAACCCUCAGCAGCCGUCUGCUGAUGGAGCCUCUUCCAGUGGGAGUGUGGCAGUGGGAUCCUCUUCCUCAAUUACAUUUCCAUCGGCCCGUGACAGGCCCUACAAGUGUUCCGUCUGUCAGAAGGGUUUCAGGCACCUGUCAGAGCUGGCCCGCCAUGAGCGUGUGCACACUGGAGAGAAGCCCUUCAAGUGUGACACAUGUGACAAGAGCUUCAGCCAGUCCUCUCACCUGGCCCAUCACCAGCGCACCCACAGCUCUGAGCGCCCAUACAAAUGUGCUGUGUGUGACAAGAGCUUCAAGCACCGCUCCCACCUGGUGCGCCACAUGUACGCCCAUUCCGGAGAGCACCUGUUUAAGUGCAACCUGUGUGAACUGCACUUCAAGGAGUCUUCUGAGCUGCUGCAUCAUCCAUGCCACCCACAAGGGGCACGCCCCUUCCGCUGUGCAACCUGUGGAAAGGGCUUCAAGCGUCCAUCAGACCUGCGGCAGCAUGAGCGCACUCACUCUGAGGAGCGUCCCUUCCACUGUGAGGAGUGCCAGAUGAGUUUCAAACAGCAGUAUGCCCUGGUGCGCCACAGGCGCACACACAAAAACCCAUCUGACCGCCCCUUCAAAUGCAACCUUUGUGACAAAGGCUUCUUGCAGCCAUCCCAUCUGCUAUACCACCAGCACGUCCACGGCAUGGAGAACCUGUUUAAGUGCGCAUCCUGCCAGAAGGAAUUCAGUCAGUCAGGAGAGCUGCUGCGCCACAAAUGCGGUGAGUCGUCCUCUUCAUCUAGGGAGACAGACAAGCCUUACAAAUGUGAUGUGUGCGGCAAGGGAUACAAGAAGAGUUCGACACUGCAGCGACAUCAGAACUCGCACUGUCAAGAGAAGCCCCUAAAAUGCUCCCUAUGUGACCGCCGCUUCCUGUCAUCCUCAGAGUUUGUGCAGCACCGCUGCGACCCGUCCCGAGAGAAGCCCCUCAAGUGUCCCGAAUGCGAGAAGCGCUUCAAGUACUCAUCUGACCUGAAUCGGCACAAGCGUGUCCACACCGGGGAGAAGCCCUACAAGUGUGCUAGCUGUGAUAAAGGCUUCAAGCAACGGGAGCACCUGGCCAAGCAUCAGAGUGUGCAUUCCAGAGAUGCCCAGUUCAAGUGUGUUUGGUGUGGAGAGCGCUUUGGAGACCUGGGAGCUUUGCAGGAGCACACAGUCCAGCACACAGCUGAAGGAGGGGGUUACCCUGUGCCACCUUGCAUAUAGUCACGCCCCUCCGCUCUGUACAAGUUCAUAGCAAACGUCCCUGUCUACCAUUAAUUUGCAGCACCCAGCUUAACACACUUGAACUGGGCAUCUCUGGAGUGCACACUCUGGUGCUUUCCAGAGAUACCCAGUUCAAAUGCUUUGGAGACCUGGGAGCCUUGCAGGAGCACACAGUCCAGCACAAAUCUAAAGGGAGGGUUACCCGAUGGUAGGUUACUCUGUGCCACUUCUUAUCCAGUCCAUAGCAAAUGUCCCUGCCUACUCUUAAUUUGCCCCCAGCAUAUACAAUCCAUACCCUCACUUCCCAUCUGAAAACUGAUACUAGUCCACUUCCCCACCCUAAGAAACCCAUACAAUUUAUAAUUGUUUAAAAAAAAAAAAAUAAAUAGAAGUCACUGCCAAGUGUCACUGCUUUAGGGCUACUGGACAGAGGAGGAGAAACCAACAAGGAUAUGUCUUUCACUUCAAACUCUAGGGUGGAUGUUCUAGCCCAGGUCAUUUACUCUAUCUAUCCUUACCUUCUUGAAUCAACUUCCCUGCAAGUGGGGAACAAAAUAAAUGUAAAUCACCACAUUAGCCUACAUUUCUGUCUAUGAAAAGCUUUGCAUUUGUACAUAAAUUACCUUGUAGAUUAAAAAGAAAAAAGGGGAUGUGGACCAGUUUCCCUUGUGAUGACCUGCUUGACUGGUGUGUUGCACCAUGACCCAGAACUAUUCUCUUGCCAACAGUGGUUGUCACUCCAGAAUGCAUCUACAGAGAUCCUGCAUGCAUUAAUGUUCCAUUCUCUUACCCAGGAUACUGAAGACUUUUAUGAUUGCUAAGUUUCAGCAGCUGCUACAGUCUACUGAUGGCCUCUUGCUUUUUUUUAAAUUUUGGAAUCAAUGACGCUGUAUCAACUCUAAUAUAAAAAAAAUUGUUUGGUGGGUGGAGGGUUGAAAUUAUUGUGUAUUGGUUACUUUUCCACAACCUAAUCACUGUAGUAGCAGUGUAUGCAUAUCAGGAAAUGGAACCGGUUCAGGGAACAGAACAGAAAACCAGAAAUAUCACCAAAAAAAAACGAGGAUCAGAACCGGGAACGAAAGUGAUCUAUACUUUUCCGGAACAGAACCGUUAUUUUAAAAGCAUGGGAACUGGGUAAUAAUGUUAUUUUACGUUCCAGGUAUUUUUUUACAGUCCCACAAACACAACAAUGCGCCUAUGCAACGCCCUCACUCUGUCACUCAAAAUCUUUGUGUGUGUGUGAUUUUUUUAAAUUAAAAAAAAUAAAUUAUUAGAGAAGAAUGGAUUAACUUUAUCAAUGCUGGUUAACUAUAGUAUCCUUAUCACGUCUCGCAUUGGAUUUAUUAACUACAAAAAGGUAAGAUGUGUUUUUAUUUUAAUUCUGAUGCCGCUCUGCACACACAAGCUUGUUAGCUAGCUCUCGUCCAACUUUAAGCCAUCUCUUUUCAAGUUCAAAGACAUUCAAAGUUCCUUCAUAUAAGCCGCUCCUCCGUAGGUAUAAUUCUGUGGGCCUAGUUCAGAUAAUUCAUGUCAUCACAAGAUGCCCAGGGCUUCAAGCCUCCUCCACCCUCUCUCGAUCUUUCCCCACCUGCAAAAUUUCAGUCGCAUCUCGCGCCCUACAGUUGUUUACACAUGCAGUAGAUGUCAGACAACUAUCGCUUGCCCAGUGCCAUAGCAAGCUGCUCUAUCCUCACAGAUUGGUGAAGUAAUUUAAUGUUGAGCUAAAUGUAAAGGUUUAAAAAGGAAUUAUAUAAAUCAUUACUUUCUUGGGUUUGAACCGGUUCAGAACAUUAAUUUUGCUGGUGGGAACAGUGCAACGCAAUGAAAAAAAUAAUGGUUCUGUUCUUCAGAACGAAACAAUUGGAAAAUAAUUUUGGUUCCAACCCCUGACGCAUAUACAAUAAAAUCAGACACCUCUACUCUUUGCUUUAGUAUUUUUAUGAUUUUUUUUUAUGUACAUGAAUCAACUUCAACUAGAGGUGGUUUCUUUUUUUAAAAUUGUUUUUGUGCUAUUGUGAAAUAUUACAAAAGUUUGUGACUGUAUAUGGAAGUAUAUGUGGCCAUCAUUGUGGCAACUAUAGUUUGUACCAAAACACCAUUGUACUGCAGCAGAUCCCAAAGGUGUGGAGAUUAACCAGCUGAAGUAUCAAGACAUCUCACUGGUAUAUAGAAAUAUAUAUUUCACACUAAUAUACAGUUCAUAUUCCUACAGAGAUCAGUGAAGAGUAUCUGUGCUGAAAAUGUCUAAAACCUGAUCAAGCUUCCUCUUACGGCGUGUAUGUAGUACAAUAUGUAUGUGCGUAUGUUUACCAGUUCGGUUACAGAAGUUGCAUAACUGUCUUGUUUCUAAAACUGCAUUGGCUGUUUUGUAUGUUACAACUUUUUAUCAUAUGAGGACUUUAAAUGUUUUUCAUCUUUUGAAGUCAUAGUUAUCAUAGUGGUGGUAUGUUGCAAGUUUCCAAGGAGAACAUUCUGUCUCUAAGCCCUACAAGGAUUCUGACCCCUGGUGCUCCUUUGUGUUUAUUUGGAUGAAUGAUUGUUGAAUCAUGUCUGUGAAAAUGGAAUUCUGGCUGUGAAGUGAAUUGUAUAAAACAUACAUCUGGUGUAGAAUUUUGUCAGGUCUGUAUAGUUUUUGUUAACCCCAGUUAUGUCAAACAUAUCUGCAGUAUAUUUGUGCAGAUCAUUUUAACGUCUGGAUUUUAUAGCCUUGUUUUUUUUUUAUAGCAUCCUUACCAAAAUGGGCUGCUUAAGUUUGAUUGCAAAAGUUAUGGAUUGAACCUCUUUAUAGUCUGUAAGUGGUAAGACAACUAAUAAGGCAAAAAUCUGUGUCAACUUUGAGGGCAAAUCAAUGUGGCUCAAAGUGAUUUUGUGUGUGUGGAGAGGGGGGGAGGGGGUCUUUUUUCAAAGGAAGUAUUUCAAGGGGAUGUAUUUGGUUGUGGUUUGAGUGCAGUAUUGGAAAACUAUUUUAUGAUAAGGUAAUGCUAACUUUGAGGAAGGUUCUUUUUUAUAAUCAGUUUCAGUAGACUGUUAAACUGGGGUCAGGGUUAUUUAGAAACCCAUUCUACUCCAGAACUGACUGCCUCAAUGUUGUUGCUCUGUUUCUUGUACUGUGCUGUGUUUUUUGUUUUCUCCAUCGUCACCUGAGGUGGGCUAACAGUUUGUCAUUUGUCUGUCGUCGUUCGUCUUUCAUCUGGCAUUAAGACAACAUCAAAAAGCAGUUGCGAAUUGAAUUGAAAAGUACUGUAUAUGUUUAGUUUAUAUAAAACAUUUUUAAAUAUUAUUUUAAAAUCUAUAUGAAUAUUUCCAUUCUUGGGAGGAGGUAACAGGGCCUUUUAGGAUGUAAUGGGGGGAGAUGUUUGACUGAUGGAAGGGUCAUUAGGACUGUGAUUGACAUGACUUUUGAUCUGGUGUAGUGCAUAACGGUUAGCCCCUACCUAUUGACCCUGCUUUCUCUGUUCUGUGCAUGCCUGCUGUGUUAGUUCCUGUAAUCUGUCCUAGGUAUUAGUGCUUCAGAUGGCACUUAUUCCCACAUAGCUUUUUUCAAAUUGUUAUGUGAAAAAAUAAUUGUGACAAUGUACAGUAUGUGUACAUUCAUGCUAAAAUAUCUGUAUGUAGCAUUCAAUACACACAGCACUAACAAAUAAACUUUUUAUAAAGGG